AUGACGAUCAAGGCUAUCCUCGGUGCCCGUUCAUGGGGUUGCGUUGCAUUGUUCCUCGGACUCACUGUAACGCCAACUGCUGCCGUGCCCAAGACAACCGUUGUCAAUCCUCCCAGUACAUUCUUCUCGACGAGCCUUCUUGCUUACUCUUCGACCCUGAAUGUCGAUCAGAGUGACGGAGAUCUAUGGCCAACAACAUGGGCAGACGAUGAUCAGCUCUACACGGCCAAUGGUGACGGUCGUGGGUUCUCCAGCAACCCUGACGACUUUGCCGAUAUCGUCGUGAAUCGUAUAUCUGGACAUCCUGACACGGGUAUCUCCGGCGUAAGGCUGGCUGCAGGAGCGGCAGUAGGCCCUGUUUGGACUCAGGGCACGUAUAACCGAAAGCCAACGGGCAUCAUCGCCGUUGAUGGUGAUGGCGACGGAAAAGAUGAGCUCUACCUCGUUGUGCAGGACCUGAAUUCCGGGCAAAAUGGCCUGGCAUUCAAUGAUGUUCCCGCCGCAAGUAUUGCCCGAUCGACCGACUACGGCGUAACAUGGACGGCUACCAAAACUCCCAUGUUUACGAACCACACCUUCACAACCGUCUUCUUCCUCGACUUUGGCAAGAGCAAUUCGCGGGCCUCUGUCCUUGGAGCAAAUGGAGCCAAGUACGUGUAUGCUUAUGGUUUGGAUCGCAACUGGCGCGACUCUGUUAUUGGAUCUGUCGCAGAUCCGCAGGACGUCUAUCUCUCUCGAGCGCCCAUCUCUGCAAUUCAAGACAUCACGAAAUGGGAAUUCUUCAGCGGCACUGCUUCCAAACCUAAAUGGAGCAAGAGCAUGGCCGACCGAAAACCCGUCCUCCACGACACGACCCGUGUAUACCCCGGCGGUCAGACGACGGACGGAUUCUCAGUCAUCUCGCAGGGCAGUGUGGUGUACAACGCUCCUCUAAACAGAUACAUAUACACCAGUUGGACAGACUACACGUUCAACUUUUACGAAGCUCCUCAGCCCUGGGGGCCAUUCACACUUUUCGAAUGGAAAGACUUUGGCGUGACGCCAUGGUUUGGAAUGAACACGACGAACCCCAAGAACGGGGGCUACGCAACCACCAUUCCGUCCAAGUUCAUUUCAGCAGACGGCACUCGAAUGUGGGUUCAGUCGAACUGGUUCGUUGGCGCAGCACAAGGCAGCGACUGGAAUUAUGUCUUUUCGCUACGACAACUUGGUGUGGCCAAGUACAAGCCAAGCACCGCGUCAAACAAAGCUUGCAAGAAUAACCUGGCCCUCUCUAAAGGAACUGUCCCGAUCUGCAAGGCUGCUCAUUACGGCAAUCUCGACUAUCUUAAUGAUAAAUCUAGAGUCAGUGAAGACAGCUGGGAUGGGUCGCAGAAGGACCUGGACCGAUGGGGAUACACCUGGCCCGUCAAGUAUAACAUGAACAGGGUUGUUUACACGACUGGCAAUUCGUUCCCGGAUGGGGGCUGGUUCUCAGGGAAUCUGAAGGUUCAAGUUCGCCAAAACUUCAAAUGGGUGGACGCGACGGGGUUGAAGGCUAGUCCUGCGUAUCCGAAUAACAACUCUGCUGUGCCGAACAAGGUGUUUACUUUUACGUUUGACAAGAUUGCUGGUGAUGGUGUGCAGAUUAUUGGGACGCCUGGUGGUUCAGCUACUUUUACUUCUAUUGGCGAGUUGGAGGUUUACUUUAGUUAG